AUGAAGUCGAAAGAAGUGCUAACGUUUCUAUUUUUGUCAUGUGUGUGUUAUACCAGUAGCUAUAAAAUUUUGGGAAUAUUUCCUUUCGCUGCUCCGAGUCAUUACUUUCUAGGAAAUGAACUCAUGAAAGGGCUUGCUAGAGCCGGACAUGAAUCUACUAUUUUGACAGUUUUUGAAGAAAAGAAACCACCUAAUGAUAACUAUAAGCAGAUUUUUAUGGAGGGAUUCUACGAUCAACAAAUCCAACUUUUUGGUCAUUUGGCAAAUAUGUCCCGAAAAGACGGUCAACAAUUCUUCACAAAUCCUGUCAAAGCGAUGCUCGGUUUCUUCAAAAUAUUGAACGAAAUAACUGAACUAACAUUAAAUCAUACAAAAACUCAACAAUUACUCCAAGAUAAACCGAAAUACGAUGUGGUUAUAGUUACUCAAUUUAACUUUGAAGCGCUAAAAGGCAUUGCUCCACAUUUAGGAGCCCAUUUAGUUGUUUUUAACAAUCAUGGUGCCGGUUCUUGGGUAAACCAUCUUGUAGGAAACCCAUCGUUACCUUCAUAUGCUGCCGAGCUCAUUCUAGGAUUUUCGGGGCAAAUGGACUUCAAACAGAGACUAAUAAAUACGUUGUUUUCUAUAGCACAAUACGUGAACCUUAAUGUUUUUCUUUAUCCACGGCAUUCUGAACUAAUGCAUAAAUACAUCUCGAAAGAUAUUGACUUUUACAAGGUUAUAUACAAUACUUCCCUGGUACUUCUUAACUCCCACAUCAGCCUUGCCAAAUCGGGUGCUUUGGUACCUUGCAUGAGGGAUAUUGGAGGAUUUCACGUGCAGCCACCCAAAAAGCUACCAGAGGACUUGCAGAAAUACUUAGAUGAUGCUAAAGACGGUGUCAUUUAUUUCAGUAUGGGCUCAAAUGUCAAAAGUUCUACCUUACCUCUAGAAACUAGGCAAGCUUUGAUGAAAGCGUUUUCGAAAAGAAAGGAGAAAGUUUUGUGGAAAUUUGAAGAUGAUAAUAUGCCUGGUAAGCCGGCUAAUGUAAAAAUCCAGAAGUGGCUGCCGCAGUCUGACUUAUUGGCACAUCCGAAUAUUAAACUAUUUAUAACACAUGGAGGAUUUUUAAGUACGAUCGAAACGGUUUAUCACAGAGUUCCAACUGUAGCUAUUCCUGUUCUCGGCGAUCAGUUGAAGAAUGCUAGACAGUCAGAAAGUGAUGGAUACACAAAAGUCAUAGAAAUGCAGGAGCUAACAGAAGAAUUACUUUCCUCUACUAUCGAGGAAGUCAUAUCAAAUAAAAAGUAUCGCGAUAAUGUUAAAACCCGUUCAAAAAUAUUUCAUGAUCGACAAGUAAAACCGAUGAAUGAUGCAGUGUACUGGAUAGAAUACAUCGUAAAGCAUAAUGGAGCAAAUCAUUUAAGAGUGAACUACCUAGACAUGGCUUGGUAUCAAUAUUAUUUAGUGGAUGUGUUUGUUGUUGUAUUUAGUGUUAUAUUUAUAGUAUUAUUUUUAGUCAAAAAAACUGUAUGUUUUAUUUUAGGAAAGUUAUGUAAAAAAAGUAAUAAAAAGGUGUCAAAUAAAGUGAAAGAGCAGUAG